ACUGCGGAAGUUCCUCUUCUUACCCUGCACCCAGAGCCUGACCGGAGAGGACAAGGGCAGGAGGCACCAUGAGUGGGGGCCCUGUGGGAGGCAGGUCUGGGGGUCGCGGAGGACCAGGGGUUCAGCAGAACAUACCCUCCACACUCCUCCAGGACCACGAGAACCAGCGACUCUUCGAGAUGCUGGGUCGGAAAUGCUGGACAUUGGCCACCGCCGUUGUUCAGCUGUACCUGGCAUUACCUCCUGGAGCUGAGCACUGGACCAAGGAGCACUGUGGGGCUGUGUGCUUCGUGAAGGAUAACCCCCAGAAGUCCUACUUCAUCCGUCUUUAUGGCCUUCAGGCUGGCCGGCUGCUCUGGGAACAGGAGCUGUACUCACAGUUGGUCUAUUCCACUCCCACCCCCUUCUUCCACACUUUUGCUGGAGAUGCCUGCCAAGCAGGGCUGAACUUUGCAGAUGAGGGCGAGGCCCAGGCCUUCCGGGCCCUGGUGCAGGAGAAGAUCCAAAAAAGGAAUCAGAGGCAAAGUGGAGAUAGACGCCAGCUACCCCCACCACCAGCACCAGCCAAUGAAGAGAGAAGAGGAGGGAUCCCACCCCUGCCCCCACACCCAGGCGGAGACCAAGGGGGCCCAGCAUCUGGCCAACUGUCCCUGGGGCUAGUAACAGUGGACAUCCAGAACCCCGACAUCACGAGUUCACGAUACCGUGGGCUCCCAGCACCUGGGCCUGGCCCAGCUGAUAAGAAACGCUCAGGGAAGAAGAAGAUCAGCAAGGCUGAUAUUGGUGCACCAAGUGGAUUCAAACAUGUCAGCCACGUGGGGUGGGACCCCCAGAAUGGAUUUGACGUAAACAACCUGGACCCGGACCUGCGGAGUCUGUUCUCCAGGGCAGGAAUCAGUGAGGCCCAGCUCACGGACGCCGAGACCUCCAAACUUAUCUACGAUUUCAUUGAGGACCAGGGCGGGCUGGAGGCUGUGCGGCAGGAGAUGAGGCGCCAGGAGCCGCUUCCACCACCCCCGCCGCCAUCCAGAGGAGGAAACCAGGCCCCCCGGCCCCCUACAAUCGGGAGCAACAAGGGUCGCUCUGGUCCACUGCCCCCUGUACCUUUGGGAGGUGCUCCACCCCCACCAACUCCCCGGGCACCCCCACCCCCAGGCCGAGGGGGCCCUCCACCACCACCCCCUCCAGCCACUGGACGUUCUGGACCACUGCUCCCUCCGCCCCCUGGAGCUGGAGGGCCCCCCAUGCCUCCACCACCACCACCACCACCCCCACCACCCAGCUCUGGGGAUGGGCCAGUCCCUCCCCCACCUCCUGCUCUGGGGCCUGUGGGGGGCCCGGCCCCUGGUGGAGGUCGGGGGGCACUUUUGGAUCAAAUCCGGCAGGGAAUUCAGCUGAACAAGACGCCCGGGGCCCCAGAGAGCUCAGCGCUGCAGCCUCCCCCUCAGAGCUCAGAAGGGCUGGUGGGAGCCUUGAUGCACGUGAUGCAGAAGAGAAGCAGAGCCAUCCACUCCUCAGACGAAGGGGAGGACCAGGCCGGCGAAGAGGAUGAGGACGAUGAGUGGGACGACUGAGUCACCCUCGCCACCUGUUCUGAGCCCCCUCCCCUGGCAGCCGCGGCUCGCUGCCCUCUGCUCCCGGCCUCCAGGGCGCUCAGGCCCCGUUUCUUCCCCACCGACCCUUCCAAAGCUGGUCCCCAACAUUCACCCUAGCAGGAGCCAGGGCCCCUUUUUAUACAGAAUUUCUCGGUUCUCCUCACAUAAGGAUUUUGA